AUGAACGAUCUGAUGAUAGCCUUAAAUGUAAAAACUGUAAACAAAUCGCGGUAUGGAGUGUAUGAAAACAAGCCAAACUUGUGUGUAGUCCACAGAGUAUGUUCUUACUGUUUGGGAAAUAAUGUUAAUGCUUCAUCGACAUGUGAUACCUGCGGUAAAAAUGAAAUUAUAUUUAGUGGUCCGAAUACAAACGACGAAUUUUGCCAAUGGCUGUUUUCUGGUGAAAACAACGGAGCAACAGUCCUCUGUCACAACUUCAAAGGCUAUGAUUCUUUUCCUAUCCUUUCAUAUCUAUUUAGGAAUGGAAUUCUACCUAAAAUUAUUCCUAGCGGUGCAAAGAACAUGUCUGUUGAAAUCCCUGCUUGUAAUAUUAGAAUGAUUGAUUCGCUCAAUUUCCUUCCUUCCGCCUUGUCAAAACUACCAAAGAUGUUUGGGCUGGACGAAUUACAGAAAGGAUAUUUUCCACACCUCUUUAACAGGCAAGAAAACCAAUCUGUUGUACUUGAACAUUUGCCUGACAUUAAGUAUUAUAACCCUGAUGGAAUGAAAGUUGAUGAUAGAGAGAUUUUCCUUGAAUGGUAUGCUGCAAAUGUUCAUAAGAAGUUUGAUUUUAAGCUAGAGCUUUUGAAAUACUGUCAAUCAGAUGUAGACAUUCUAAGACGAUGCUGUUUAAAAUUUCGUCGGUUAUUUAUGGCUAUGACAACUAUAGACUCUAACAAAGAUGGCAUUGAUCCCUUUGAGAAAUGCAUAACUAUAGCCUCGGCUUGUAACCUUGUGUUCAGGAACAACUUUCUUCGUCCAGAAACAAUUGGAAUUAUUCCAGCGCAAGGCUACAAUCCAGAAGAAAAACACUCUAUCAAGGCACUGAAAUGGCUGAGAUAUGUAUCCAAAUCAAAAGGGAUCCAUAUACAACAUGCACGCAAUGGCGGAGAAAAGUACAUUGGCGACUACAGAGUUGAUGGCUAUCACAAGAGUGAGGAUGGAGAAGAGAUUGUAUUUGAAUAUCAUGGGUGUUUUUCUGGCAUGGGUGUUCAAAACAGUGUGAACUACGUCAAUCCACUUGAACCUAGGAAUGCUUUUUCGGGUGGUAGAACAGAAGCCUUUAAACUAUACCAUGAAGCUAAAGAUGGUGAACAAAUCAAAUAUUAUGACGUAACAUCUUUGUAUCCCUUUAUCAAUAAAACUGGGAAAGUUGUAUUGGGACAUCCUACUAUAAUAACAGAGAAUUUUGAUGAUAUUUCAAAGUAUGAGGGUCUUAUCAAAUGCUGUGUUCAGCCACCUCAUGGACUUCAUAUUCCUGUGCUUCCUGCAAAAAUCAAUAACAAACUGAUGUUUUCGUUAUGUAGAACAUGUACUGAAUUACAACAGACAACAACUUGUCUCCAUACUAACACUGAAAGAGCUAUAACUGGCACUUGGGUAACAGAUGAACUGAAGAUGGCAAUAAAUAAGGGCUUCUGGGGUAAAUUUGGGCAACGGACAAAUCUACCUCAAGUGGAGUACGUAUCUGAUCCAUCCGUUUAUUUUGACAUGUUAACCAGUGAUCAACAAGAAGUAACUUGUGUCAACUUUGUUACGGAUGAAAUGAUUGAAAUGCGUUGGAGGAACAAAGAAGAAUUUAUAGAAGUCUCAGGAAGAACUAACGUUGUAAUAGCAGCCUAUACAACAGCUCAAGCCAGACUUAAGCGGUACAGUUAUUUAGACAAGCUAGGAGAUCGCGUAUUAUAUGCUGAUACAGAUUCUGUGAUAUUUACAGCUAAACAGGGCGAAUGGGAACCACCUUUGGGUGAUUAUUUAUGA